AUUUCAGAUAGCACGGCUCAAGGAACUUUCACCCCAAGCAGACGAAUUGCCAACAAUAGUGCCCGAGAUUCUUUUGCCGAAGAGUUGGUCGCUAACUUAGAGAGUCUCUUGAGCUCUGUAUUGGCGUCAGGUUCGGGUCAGUCAUACCGUAGAGCGUGGACACUAUUUCGUGAAUUUCACGAGAAAUUUUACAAGACAAAAGCCUUCCAUUUACCGUUAACCACCGCGUCUUUGGCGCUUUUUAUUUCUUUUCUCGACGGUAGAAAUCUUUCGCCUUCGACUAUUCUUUCUUAUCUAUCGGCCAUUGGUUACGUCCACAAGAUGAAAGGUUUGCAUGACCCCACAAAGGCUUUCCUUAUUCAAAAACUUUUGACCUCGCUCAGUCGUCAGAAAUCGUGUGAUGUCAGGUUACCGAUAUCUAAACCUAUCUUGCAUGACCUCGUAAGCUCUCUCCAGCACACCAACUCUUCGGCAGCACAGCGUAUACUUUUUUCAGCCAUGUUUCUCACAGCUUUCUAUGGUUUCUUUCGCAUCGGUGAACUAGCGGCCAGGAGCGCGUGUCACACUACCGUAAUUUCGUACGAUAACAUCCGAUUCCUCGCAUCCGGUGGGAAAAUCCACUCUAUUAAGAUCACAAUCACCCAUUUCAAACAUAACACAAGCAAUCGCCCUUUUGACCUUGUUAUUCCUGGUGAUGAAUCUUCACCGUUUUGUCCUGUGAAGUUCAUACUCCGGUAUUGCCAUCUCCGGGGUAACAAGCCCGGUCCCCUCUUCUGCCAUGCAGACAAUACACCGAUUACGGUUAACCAAUUUAACACCGAACUUAGGCGCUGCUUAAAUUUCUGUGGUUUAAAUGCUCAACGCUAUAAGAGUCACAGCUUUCGCAUCGGCGCGGCCUGUCUCGCAGCAGACAAAGGUUUUUCUGACGCCCAGAUUCGCGCUCUUGGCCGAUGGAAGUCUGAUGCCUUUAAACUUUACAUUCGUAAUUCUACAUUACAAGGAAUUUAA